AUGGACUCGGAUACCAAGCCAUUAGCGAAAGAUUCUAUGAAAUCUACAUGGCGCACUGCCGAUCGUUCCAAAUGGACGCAUCACCACUGGGCACUGGAGUAUCUAAACGCCCAUCCACAAGAAUUAGAUAAAGAAGUACCUAUACACGCAAAAGACGAGCCAAUACCACAUAUGCCUCAGUGGUCUCUCCAGCGAUGGGUUCUAUUCUACUCUGCUUUACCACUACUCCUUCAUCAAUCUUAUAUGACCUUCACCGGCCGCACAUUAGGUCCGAUCGCGACCUUCAACUUUUACUUCGUCGCUUUCAACGCCAUCAUCAUCUACCAAGUACAUGUCCUCCGACGUAUGGGUCACAUCUACGGUUUCCUCGACGGCGAUAAACAUGAACGAGAUGGUGUACCCGAUGUCGGUGUCGCAAAAGUCGUUCACUCCCUUUAUAAAACAACCGGAUCUCGACUCGUUCUCUCUAUCUACCUGACCUACAACCGAGACUUACUACCAAGCCAGCUGAACUGGUUCUGGCUUCCACUUGAGAUCGGUCUCUAUGGGAUAAUUCUCGAUUUCUGGUUCUACUGGUACCAUCGUCUCAUGCACGAUGUGAGCUUCCUAUGGAAAUAUCACCGUACUCAUCACUUGACCAAGCACCCGAAUCCCCUUCUUGCCGCGUAUGCCGACCAUGAACAAGAAUUCUUCGAUAUGGUUGGCGUUCCCGUGAUGACAUAUUUCAGUCUCCGAUUAAUGGGACUACCUAUGGGAUUUUAUGAGUGGUGGAUUUGUCACCAGUAUGUGGCAUUUGCUGAGGUCUUUGGGCACAGUGGUCUUAGAAUGCAUUUGACUGUGCCUUCUACUUUGAGUUGGCUGUUGCAGAUGCUAAACUGUGAGAUUGUUAUUGAGGACCAUGAUCUUCAUCAUCGCAAGGGAUGGAGGAAGAGUCAUAACUAUGGAAAGCAGACGCGUCUUUGGGAUCAAAUAUUUGGUACUUGCACUGAUCGGAUUGAAUCGGUGGAGGAAAAUGUGGAUUAUGUCAAUGUGGCCAUGAUGCCGCUGUUCUAG